AUGGAACCUUGGAAUUCUAGUGACUUCAUCUUGAUGGGAAUUCUGAAUGAUAGCAGAUUUCCUGAACUGCUCUGUGCCACUUUCACUGCCCUAUAUAUGUUGGCCCUGACCAGCAACAGCCUGCUACUCCUGGUCAUCACAAUGGAUACCCGGCUCCAUGUGCCCAUGUACCUUCUACUUGGGCAGCUCUCACUCAUGGAUCUCCUGUUCACAUCUGUGGUAACUCCCAAGGCACUUGUGGAUUUUCUGCGAGGUGAAAACACCAUUUCUUUUGCGGGCUGUGCCUUUCAGAUGUUUCUGGCUUUGACUGUGGGAAGUGCAGAGGACCUCCUCCUGGCCUUCAUGGCCUAUGAUAGGUAUGUGGCCAUUUGCCAUCCUCUGAACUACAUGGUCCUCAUGAGGCCAAAGAUCUGCCUUAGCUUGGUGGCCACAUCAUGGGUUCUAGCAUGCCUAAAUGCCUUGGGACAUACCUUAUAUACCAUGCAUUUUCCUUUCUGCAAGUCCAAAAAUAUAAGCCACCUACUCUGUGAGAUCCCACCUCUGCUGAAAUUGGCCUGUGCAGAUACAUCCAGAUAUGAACUCCUGCUGUAUGUUACUGGUGUGGUGUUUCUCUUACUUCCUCUUUCUGUUAUUGUGGCUUCCUACACAGUCAUCUUGUUUACUGUGCUUCAAAUGCCUUCUAAUGAGGGAAGAAAAAAAGUCUUUAUCACAUGCUCUUCUCAUCUGAUAGUGGUUGGGAUGUUCUAUGGAGCUGCCACAUUCAUGUAUGUGCUGCCCAGCUCUCUACAUAGCCCUAAGCAGGACAACAUCAUCUCUGUUUUCUACACAAUUGUCACCCCGUCUCUGAACCCACUCAUUUAUAGCUUGAGGAAUAAAGAAGUCAUGGGGGCCUUGAGAAGGGUUCUGGUGAAAUAUAUUCUUCAACAUAGAUAA